ACCUGCCUCCCCUAAUCUCCUGCCAUUGAGCCCCAUUACCUGCCUCCCUUAUUCUCCAGUCCCACCCCUGUCUCACCUUAUUCCUUUCCUGCACCCUCUCUGUUUGCCCCUACAUCACCUGCCCUCCCACCUCACCCAUUACCCUUCACCUACCCCAGAGCUGUAGCAUCUAACUCCUGUUGCAUUUCUUGUCUCCCUUAACCCCCUUCCCACCCCCUGUACCCCCAGUCCCAGUGUUAUAUUCCCCUGUCCCUCUCCAAGUCCUGCUCCCCUGGGCUCCAUCUCAGCUACCUGCCAGCCCCCCGCAUCCCCUGCAUUGCACCUCCUGUACCUGCUCCCCCACUGCUCCCCCUGUGCUCCAUCUGCUCCAGACUCAUCACCAUUUUCUCUCCAUCCCUGACUCUUCCUGCAACCACCCUGCCUUCACCUGCAUAUCCAGCCCCUGGUACCACCUCCCACCCCCACCUUGUUGGUAUUUCCUUCAGUCGCCCUAAUAUGCCCCCUCUCCCAGGCACAGUGGGGUAGGCUGGCAGUGUGCAUGGGAUUGCCUGCAGCUACAGGGAACACCCCCUAUCUCUCAUUCCUGCUGCAGCCUUCACACAAGUCCCGACUGCGGGUAUAUGGACAGGAGUUCCAUGCUGCGACUGAUCCAGGGGCAGCUUGACCCAGAGAAUACAGGUUUUGUGUGCGCAAAAACAUUUGCUGCCCUGGUCAACGAUCAUGAGCUGCCCCUGGACCCUGCCAAGUUGGAAAUGUUAUUUGCCCUUUCUCAGGGCAAUGAGGAGGGACAAAUCUGCUACUCUCAGCUGGUGGACCUGAUCAGCAGCAAAAGGUCCAGCAGUUUCAGAAGGGCCAUCACCAGCGGCCAGCGUGCCCUCCCAAGAGAUGUUCUACUCGAUCAAGAUGGGCUCGGCAUCUACAAACGAUUUGUACGUUAUGUGGCCUAUGAGAUUUUGCCGGGUGAGAUGGAGAGACGCUGGUACUUCUACCAACACCGGCCCUGCCCACCGCCUAUCUUCAUGGCAGUUGUCACAUUAACUCAGAUCAUUGUUUUCCUCUGUUAUGGAAUCAAACUGAACAAGUGGGUCUUACAAACGUACCACCCGGAAUAUAUGAAGAGCCCCCUUGUAUACCACCCUGGGCACCGUGCCAGAGCGUGGCGUUUCCUCACCUAUAUGUUCAUGCAUGUCGGCCUGGAACAGUUGGGAUUUAACACCCUCUUGCAGUUAAUGAUCGGAGUUCCCUUGGAGAUGGUUCAUGGGAUACUAAGGAUCAGUUUCCUGUACCUUGCUGGGGUUCUGGCAGGAUCCCUUGCAGUAUCCGUCACAGAUAUGAGGGCACCACUGGUCGGCGGGUCGGGUGGAGUCUACGCCCUCUGCUCCGCCCAUCUUGCCAAUGUUGUUAUGAACUGGGCUGGUAUGCGCUGCCCUUACAAGGUCCUUCGAAUGAUACUCGCACUGGUCUGCAUGAGCUCAGAAGUAGGUCGUGCCGUCUGGCUCCGUUUCUCCCCACCGCUCCCAGCAGCUGGACCCCAGCCCAGUUUCAUGGCUCAUCUGGCUGGUGCGGCUGUGGGUGUCAGCAUGGGUUUGACCAUUUUGCGCAGCUACGAAGAGAACCUCCAGGACCAGUGCGGCUGGUGGGUCAUCUUACUGUGUUACGCUACCUUCCUUGCCUUCGCUAUCUUUUGGAAUGUCUUUGCCUAUGACCUUCUAGGAGUGCAGAUACCACAUCCCCCCUGACCUCUGGACCAGGCAAGUCCCUCCACUGAAGCUCCUAAGGUGGGAGACUGCUUAUCCUCAAUCGUUCCUCAGCUGAGGAACCAGCUAAGAUGUAUCGCUCCAACACAUUGCUGGACCUUCUACACGGGAUCCAGAUGCGGGAGGUCGGGGGUAGAUAUGUGACAAAGCAGGGUCAUGUGAUGCUGUUUGCUCUUUAUAUGUAUGUACCUAUGUGGCCGGGUGAUUUUAUAAGCUCUUACUGUUACAACUCUUCUUGACCUGGACUCGGAGAUGUUCAGGAGUUGGGUUAUCAUCAGGCAAUAAAACAUAUCAUUCUUCCUUCACCAAACACUCACACAGAUUCAUGGGGCUGACAUCUACAUAUGGAAAUAUAAAGGUGUACCGCUAUCGUAGAACCCCACUUGGUACCAUAAGAAUGCUAUACAGGAUAUAGGGAGAGAUAUAGUUCCACCAUGCUUGGCCCUGGUCAACUUGGACACAUAACGAUAGCUGUUUUUUUCCCUUUAUUGUCACCAUUAUGUCCUAAAAGUAAGGGGGGCUGUUUGGGACCAUUAAAUAGAUGCCUUGGAAUAUUUAUCAUUGCACAAAUGCAGUGCACCCUAAUCUCUGCCUGUCCUGAUGAAAACCCACCCCCUGAUGCUCUUCAUGCGCUGGACAUAGAGACCUUACCUACGUAAGGUAAUAAUAUAUAUAUAUAAUAUAAACAAUCUCAGGUCUGGCGAAAGGAUCUCUGUACAGUUGGGGGUUACCCCAGAAUACUUCCCCCCCCCCCCCUUAGAAACCCUUAAUUCGCUACUUGUGUUGAACUGCAGGGUGUUGAUUGCCAUCCCCCAACCUGUCCCACCUCCGACAGGAAGUACCUGGCAGCCAUUUUAAACCAUUUGAAUUUUUGUCCUAAGCUUUAGAAUCAGAGAGGCCUCUCCAUACUGGGAGGCCAUAGCCAACCAAGGGGCUACACCCAUCGCUGCCAGAGGACCCCUCCAGAUCUGGAAAUUACAUUCAGCGUUACCUUAAUGGACAACAAAAGGCCAAAUUACAGGGGUUUCACCAAUUUCUUGGAGACCCUUCCCCCAGUGAAUCUAAUUGCUCACCUUGGACCCUAUUCUGGCACUAGUCUUUUUGAAAAGCCCCAAAUACUUGUCAUUAGAGAGCUGUGCCUCCAUCUUUGUCUAUACUCCCAGUGCUUCCUUUGCUGCCCCCCUGGGGAAGGGCAUGAAGGGUACAGUAAUGUUGGCAUAAUAACUAUACUGCCCUUUCCCUGGGCAGCACUAUAAAACACUGGGAGUAUAGACAAAGAUGGCGGCAUGGCUCCAGGCUGUGUAUGGCUUUUAGAAAGUAACAAUGGCCCAGGGUCCAAGAUAAGUGAUUACAUUUAAUAUGGAGGUGGUGAGUAAACAAACUGGCCCCUCCCAGUGAAUUGGUCUGUUACUGACUCAGUGUAGCUCAUUGCCGACAGUAGGCAAAUCUGCCCAAGAGCAGUACCCCAUGGCAACCAUUAUUAUUCUAGCCGCAAUAGACUGAUCAAAGCCAAUUGCUGAUUGGUUGCUAUGGCUCGUAGCAGCAAAGGGGCAAAUCUACCCUGCAUAAGAGAAUGAGCCCGGCUACUCCUGUGCCAAAAGAUGAUUAAAAAAAAAAAAAAAGCAAUUCUAAUGCAAAUAUUUAUUUUUAUUUAGGGAAGAUAAAGCGGCAUCAGUUUAAAACAUGCCCCGCCUACUGCAAAUUCUGUAUUUUAUAUAAAAAGUAAUCAAAAUAUGGGUAUUUUAUAAAAUAGAAACAUUUAGGACUAAAUGUAAAAAUAUUCCUAAAAUAUAUAUAUAUAUAUAACUGUAGAUGAACACAUUUGUGACAUUUUUGGAGACCCCCUCGCCUCUUUCCUAUGGACAGAACUCGGGAAUAAAGGACACAUAAACCAACCGCCAGAACGAACAGCAAAUUUCUAUUCUAUUAACUCCGUUGUUGCCACAUGGGUUUUUUUUUUUUUUUUUACCCGGUUGGUUUUGUGGGUACAGGGUGAAACUGCGUUACCUGAAGCUGUUAAAUAAAACCUACAUGCUGUA